GGCUCUCUCAAUCGCAACGGUCGUCGCACCGAGAGGCAGUUCAAAUUUCGAAGAUGAAAACGCAAAGUGGGGGAUGCUGUAAAGAGUAGUGGGAAGUGGGACCAUACGACCAUAAAGUGUUAUCUUUCCUGUAUAUUUUUUCUGUCUGUUUUUUUUUCUCGCCACCACGAGGAGGAGGAAGCAACAGGUUGAACGAGACGAACGAGUUGUAACUGCGCCACAAUGAGGAGUGCCAAAAAUGUAAACUAUCUCGACUCUCCGAUUUGUAAACUCAAUGGAAACGAAUGAACUCUGUAAUUUCAACUUCUGUUUCACUCUACUCCUCUCAACUCUGCUGUUCAAAUAUAACGCAUAGCGAAAACGUAUGGAAAUGAGAGAAAGGAAAGUAAAAUGAACAAAAGCGAUAAAAAUAUUUCGAGCAUUGAGAUUGAUAUAGUGGCAAAAUAACAUGUGAGGAAGGGAGGGGUUAAAAUCACGCAAUUAUUGGAAUUAGAGAUUAUUUUUUUGUCUAUACCGCGCGCGAUAACAGUACCGACUGAAGAGAACUAAAGUUUUGACAGUUUCCAAACUAACCGUUUCGAAAAUAACAGUGCCAUGUGCGCGAAUCGGCCACUCAGAAUGAAAAUCUCGAAUCUUCACUCGCAAUUGGAUUCUGUUCCCAUUUUCGUAACAAAUGAAAAAAAAAUGAAAAUACGCAAUGUUGUGGCGAUUAUUGGCAUUUUGUUCCAAAUCAACGGUGUUUUGUCUUUUGAUCCUUUAACAUGGAGUGUGCCAGUUGGAGUUGGUUUUCUCUACGGUUAUCGAAAUUUUAUCAAAUGCAAAUUCGUCGAAUGUUGCAUAGAUGAUCACAUACCGAUCAACGUAACAGAACUUCAGAGACAAUUGGCUUCGCGCUUGUACGGACAACACAUUGUUCAAGAAACUGUUGUCAGAGCUCUCCGUGGAUACAAGGCCACUCAAAAUCCUGCCAAAGCUCUGGUUAUGAGCUUUCACGGACCAACGGGCACUGGAAAGAAUUAUGUCUCUUCCAUUAUUACUUCAACUUUCCUAAAACAUGGAACAAAGAGCAAGUUCUUUCAACUAUUCAGCGGCAGCAUUUUUUCUCAAAGUCGCUUGGAAGAACACAAGGAAUUCAUAAAAAACACAUUAGUGGAAACGCUGCAGCAAUGCGAAAGGUCAAUAUUCGUAUUUGACGAAGUGCACAAAAUGCCUGAGGGUUUGUUAGAGAUACUUCAGCCUUUUCUGGAUUAUGCUCAACCGGUAUUUUUGGAGUACAAAUCGCGUCAGAUCCGACUGAACAGCAACAAAGCGAUAUUCAUAUUUUUGACAAACGCAAGUGGUUCGAAAAUAUUGGAUCAGAUGUUGAAAUUCUGGAUAGAGGGAAAGAAACGCAAAGAGAUGAAACUGCAUCAUUUUGAGAGUUUGAUAAGCAGCAACGCUGUCACAGAAAACGGUGGUUUUUUGAACAGCAGUGCAAUUCAAUCGUCCUUGAUAGAUUAUUACGUGCCUUUUUUGCCUCUUGAGGAAGAACACGUGAAAUUGUGCAUGAGAGACGCUUUCGAAUCCGACGAAUAUCCUGAUCCACCGUCGUCUUUGAUGGAACAAGAUGUUCUAUCGACUGUGAUUUAUGGCCCACCGCCUUACAACAUUUAUGCUACUGGUGGAUGCAAAAGGCUAGAAACGAAGGUCAAUAGCGCCCGGCAAAUAGAUUCCGCGAGUGCCACGUGAUAUUUUUUCAGAUCAACUAUUGAAAACCUAUAAAAAAUCGAAUUUCAAUUCCGAGUAUUUUUUUAUAAUGAAAAACACAAGGUAAAAUUGUGCAAUUCCCGAUCGAAGCAUACUUGGAAACGAUUGAAUCGUGUUGCCAUCAAUUAUUCAUAGUUUUUAUCAACUUUUUUACGGUAUAUUUAUUUAUUGCUCUUCAAAACUAAUGAUGGUGCCCUCUGUCUAAUUAUCAAAAUUUUGACAGCUCCAAAUUUCGACUCACAGCAGACAGCUACGAAUAUGAUACACCAAAGAUCAAUAAACAUUUUUUUCAUAAUCAA